CCAACCCCAUCCACUGAGCAGCGGCAGCGUCGCUAUCAAGCACCCGGAGCUAUCGUCGGUUUGCCGAGGGGGGGCAGGUGACAACAGCCCAGGCGAGACGUCUUCUCCAGCGGGGAGACUACUGCUCCUCUCACAGCCGCGGCGGUCUCCGCGGUAGACGCUGCCUGCCUGCCUUGCCUGGCUGACGGCUGCACGCAGUUCGCUCUAAUUGCUUAAGCCCGCCCGCCCGCCAAGAUGGAAAACGCGCACACCAAAUCGUCCGCCGAAGUUUUGGAGAACUUCGGCGUGAACGAGAACACCGGGCUGACUCUGGAGCAAGUGAAGCACAGUUUGGAGAAAUACGGAGCCAACGAGCUCCCAGCUGAAGAAGGCAAAUCCUUGUGGGAGCUGGUGGUGGAGCAGUUUGAAGACCUCCUGGUGAGGAUCCUGCUGCUAGCUGCCUGCGUCUCCUUCGUGUUGGCUCUGUUUGAGGAAGGAGAGGAGACUACCACCGCCUUUGUUGAGCCUGUUGUUAUCCUUCUCAUCCUCAUCGCUAACGCUGUUAUUGGAGUCUGGCAGGAAAGGAACGCUGAAAAUGCCAUCGAGGCUCUGAAGGAGUACGAGCCGGAGAUGGGCAAGGUCUACCGCAUGAACCGCAAGGCUGUCCAGCGGAUCAAAGCGCGAGACAUUGUCCCUGGAGAUGUAGUGGAGGUAGCAGUUGGCGACAAGGUGCCUGCCGACAUCAGGGUGACCUCAAUUAAAUCCACCACCUUGCGAGUGGACCAGUCCAUCCUCACAGGGGAGUCCGUGUCAGUCAUCAAGCACACCGACCCUGUUCCUGACCCCAGGGCUGUCAAUCAAGACAAGAAGAACAUGCUGUUUUCUGGCACCAACAUCGCAGCGGGCCGUGCCAUAGGAGUCGUGGUUUCCACCGGCGUCUCCACAGAGAUCGGUAAGAUCCGUAACCAGAUGGCCGCCACCGAGCAAGAGAAGACACCUCUGCAGCAGAAGCUGGACGAGUUUGGCCAGCAGCUUUCCAAGGUCAUCUCCUUGAUCUGCGUGGCUGUGUGGGUCAUCAACAUCGGCCACUUCGGCGAUCCGGUCCACGGGGGCUCCUGGGUCCGCGGCGCCAUUUACUACUUCAAGAUCGCCGUCGCUCUGGCUGUGGCCGCCAUCCCCGAGGGUCUGCCCGCCGUCAUCACCACGUGCCUGGCUCUCGGCACGCGUCGCAUGGCCAAGAAGAAUGCCAUUGUUCGCAGCUUGCCCUCUGUGGAGACGCUGGGCUGCACCUCGGUGAUCUGCUCCGACAAGACGGGCACCCUCACCACCAACCAGAUGUCUGUCUGCAGGAUGUUCGUUGCAGACAAGGUGGAGGACUCCAGUUGUUCCCUUCAUGAGUUUUCCAUAACGGGCUCUACAUACGCACCUGAAGGACAAAUACUGAAGGAGGACAAGCCGAUCCAGUGUGGCGACUAUGAUGGACUGUUGGAAUUGGCCACCAUAUGUUCCAUGUGCAAUGACUCCUCGCUCGACUACAACGAGGCCAAAGGUGUGUAUGAGAAGGUCGGGGAAGCCACAGAAACGGCGCUCACCACCUUGGUGGAGAAGAUGAAUGUCUUCAAGACUGACCUAUCUGCACUCACCAAGGUCGAGCGUGCUGGGGCCUGCAACGCGGUGAUCAGGCAGUUGAUGAAGAAGGAGUUCACUCUCGAGUUCUCCCGUGAUCGCAAGUCUAUGUCUGUCUACUGCACGCCCACCACGCAUGGUGCUCAGAGCAAGAUGUUUGUCAAGGGUGCCCCGGAGAGCGUGAUUGAGCGAUGCCAGUACUUGCGCAUCGGCACAGAGAAGGUGACGCUGACCGCGGCCUUACGGGAACAGCUGAUGUCCAAGAUCCGGGACUGGGGGACAGGUAGGGACACACUGCGCUGCCUGGCCCUGGCCACUCGUGAUACUCCACCACGCAAAGAGGACAUGGACCUGGAGAACGCCAGCAAGUUUGCAGAAUAUGAGAUGAGCCUCACGUUCGUCGGCUGUGUGGGCAUGCUAGACCCGCCCAGGAAGGAAGUUAUCGGCUCAGUGGAACUGUGCAGUGAAGCGGGUAUUCGCGUCAUCAUGAUCACGGGAGAUAACAAGGGCACGGCCGUGGCCAUCUGCCGACGCAUUGGCAUCUUCGGCGAGGAUGAAGACGUGUUGGGAAAGGCCUACACAGGCCGUGAGUUUGACGACCUGCUGCCAGAAGCCCAGAGGGACGCUGUCAAACGAGCCCGCUGCUUCGCCCGAGUGGAGCCGGCCCACAAGUCUAAGAUCGUGGGGUACCUGCAGUCCUUUGAUGAGAUUACAGCCAUGACUGGAGAUGGCGUGAACGAUGCGCCGGCCCUGAAAAAGGCAGAAAUUGGCAUCGCCAUGGGCUCUGGCACGGCAGUGGCGAAGUCGGCGUCCGAGAUGGUGCUGUCUGACGAUAACUUCUCCACCAUCGUGGCCGCGGUAGAGGAGGGCAGAGCCAUCUACAACAACAUGAAGCAGUUCAUCAGAUACCUCAUCUCCUCUAAUGUCGGCGAGGUGGUCUGUAUCUUCCUGACCGCCAUCCUGGGCCUCCCCGAGGCUCUGAUUCCCGUCCAGCUACUGUGGGUGAAUCUGGUGACUGAUGGUCUGCCGGCCACUGCCCUAGGAUUCAACCCUCCAGACCUGGACAUCAUGGACAAGCCUCCUCGCAACCCCAAAGAGCCCCUCAUCUCUGGCUGGCUCUUCUUCAGAUACCUAGCCAUCGGAGGGUAUGUGGGUCUUGGAACAGUGGGUGCUGCCACAUGGUGGUACCUGUUUGAUGAAGAUGGCCCUCAAGUGUCUUUCUACCAGCUGAGACACUUCAUGCAGUGCACUGAGGACAACCCCACCUUCCAGGGCAUAGACUGUGAGGUGUUUGAAUCUUGCUACCCGACGACCAUGGCCCUGUCUGUGCUGGUCACGAUUGAAAUGUUCAACGCACUCAACAGUCUUUCUGAGAACCAGUCCCUGGUCAGGAUGCCUCCCUGGGUCAACAUCUGGCUGCUGGGAGCCAUCAUCCUCUCCCUUUCCCUCCACUUUCUCAUCCUCUACGUGGAACCUCUGCCUUUGAUCUUCCAAGUGACCCCUCUGCGUUGGUCCCAGUGGAUCGUGGUCCUGAAGAUUUCCAUCCCGGUCAUUCUCCUAGAUGAAGCCCUGAAAUACAUUUCCAGGAACCAUCUAGAAGGUGACGAGGAGAAAAAAUACAGGAGACGGCAGCUGAACUAAGACCUCUCCCUCACCCCCUCCCCAUCUCCCCCUCCCACACCCCCAUCCCCCCCACACACACACAAACCAGAUGCGCACCUACCCUCUUU